AUGCCCACCUUCGCCUCGCGGCUCUUCCGCCCGCUAAGCACGCGCCUCGGCAUAACGGCCGACACCUCCGGCGGCAGCGCGGUCGCGAUCCCGGAGGGCGCCGAGAAGGCCACCGUGGCCGCGGGCUGUUUCUGGGGCGUCGAGCACCUGUACCGCAAGCACUUCGGCGACAAGGGCCUCUACGACGCGCGCGUCGGGUACACCGGCGGCGACCUGAACAACCCCUCGUACCGCGCCGUGUGCGGGGGCCAGACCGGACACGCCGAAGCCCUCCAAAUCCACUACGACCCCACACGCCUAACCUACCGCCAACUCCUCGAGUUCUUCUACCGAAUGCACGACCCCACAACCGCGAACCGACAAGGGCCGGACGUAGGCCCGCAGUACCGGAGCGCGAUCUACUUCCACGAUCCCGAGCAGGAAACCGUCGCGCGCGAGGUGACGCGCCAGGCCAACGAGCAGUGGUACAAGGGCGGCGUCAAGACCGAGGUCGCGCCCGCGGGCCGCUGGUGGGACGCCGAGGACUACCACCAGCAGUACCUGCACCAUAACCCGUCCGGGUACGAGUGCCCUUCGCAUUUCUUGAGGCAGUUUCCGCCGCUGCAGUGA